AUGGCCUUGUCGCUGCAAUGGCCCCUCCAACUCCCGCUCCAGCUCCAGGCGCGGCCUCCCGCCGUUACCGCGGGCCAUCACUGGCGCCGCCACCGACUCCUCCCCGUCUGCCGCUCCCUGCCGCUCCUCCGAGCUCGCUGUUGUGCCAGCGCCGCCGCUGCGGCCGACACGGGGAAGGCGCAGGCUGCGGCGAGGAGGGCGUACCCGUUCGACGAGGUCGAGCCGAGGUGGCAGCGGCACUGGGAGGAGCACCGCACGUUCCGCACCCCGGACAUCGGCGAGGGGCUCGACACCUCAAAGCCCAAGUGCUACAUCCUCGACAUGUUCCCUUACCCCAGGCAAGGUGCCCUCUGGCCAUCUAAUUUGCACCGCGCUGAUUUCGGGGCUGGGCUGCAUGUUGGGCACCCCCUUGGAUACACGGCAACUGACAUUCUGUCAAGAUUCAAGCGCAUGAAAGGCUUCAACGUUUUGCACCCAAUGGGAUGGGAUGCAUUUGGUCUUCCUGCUGAGCAGUACGCUAUUGAGACGGGAACCCACCCUAAGAUUACCACUGAAAGGAACAUUGGGCGCUUCCGCACACAGCUUAAAUCGUUAGGUUUUUCAGAUGAUUGGGAUCGUGAAAAUCUCCACACAGAGCCAGCUUAUUAUAAAUGGACACAAUGGAUUUUCCUUCAACUGUUGAAGAGAGGACUUGCUUAUCAGGCCGAGGUACCGGUCAAUUGGUGCCCUGCUCUUGGAACUGUCCUGGCGAAUGAAGAAGUUGUAGAUGGUGUGAGUGAACGUGGUGGUUAUCCUGUUAUACGAAAGCCAAUGCGCCAGUGGAUGCUGAGGAUAACAUCUUAUGCUGAUCGUCUUCUUGAAGAUUUGAAUGAUCUUGAUUGGCCUGAGAGUAUCAAAGAAAUGCAAAGAAACUGGAUAGGGAGAUCAAAAGGUGCUGAGCUUGUUUUUUCUGCAGUUGACCAGGAAGGACAUGACCUAGGUGCCACUUUGUUGGUUUACACAACAAGGCCUGACACAAUUUUUGGUGCAACAUAUCUUGUUGUGGCACCUGAGCAUGUUUUACUGUCAUCUCUAACAUCUGAGGAACAACGAGCACAUGUAGAGGAAUACAGGGAUCUUUCAGCAAGAAAGAGUGAACUAGAAAGAACUGAUCUUCAGAAGGAAAAAACUGGGGUUUUCAGUGGUUCUUAUGCUAAGAACCCAGCAACCGGGAAAUCAUUCCAAUAUGGGUGGCAGAUUAUCUAUGGCACUGGGGCUAUCAUGGCAGUGCCUGCACAUGAUUCUCGUGACCAUGAAUUUGCCGUGAAAUAUGAACUUCCAAUCAUUAAGGUUGUAAGUCCACCGAAUGGUAAUUGUGAUCCAGUGGAGUCAUAUGAAGAUGAUGGCAUCAUGAUUAAUUCAUCUAGUUCUUCAUCUGGAUUGAGUAUUAACGGAAUGCUUUCCCAAGAUGCUGCUAAGAAGGUUAUUGAGUGGGUAGAGAGUAAUGGUUUUGGAAAGAAAAAGGUUAACUACAAGCUUCGAGAUUGGCUUUUUGCCAGACAGCGCUAUUGGGGUGAACCUUUCCCUGUGAGCUACCUUGAUGAUACCAAUGAAAUGGUUCCUCUUUCAGAAGAUGAGUUGCCCUUAACUCUUCCUGAAUUGGAUGAUUUUACUCCGACUGGUACUGGGGAGCCACCUUUGACUAAAGCAACGAAUUGGGUUAGAACCAUGGAUCCUUUAUCUGGGAAGCCCGCAAGAAGAGAAACAAGCACCAUGCCACAAUGGGCUGGAUCUUGCUGGUACUAUUUGAGGUUCAUGGAUCCCAAAAACUGCAGUAUAUUGGUUGACAAGGCUAAAGAAAGGUAUUGGGGUCCAGUUGACAUCUACGUUGGUGGUGCUGAACAUUCUGUCUUGCACUUGCUUUAUGCAAGAUUUUGGCACAAGGUUCUUUAUGACAUGGGUGUAGUCUCCACUAAAGAGCCUUUCAAGUGCCUGAUAAAUCAAGGAUUGAUACUAGGAGAAGUUGAGUAUACUGCAUAUAGAGACAAUGAAGGCAGAUGGGUUUCUGCAGACUCAGACUCAAGUUUGAUUGAUUGCUACCAAGAAAAAGUAGCUGCAGAUAAGGUUACAAAAGUUGGAGAUCAGUAUGUUCUGAAGGAUGAUCCAAACAUUCGUUUGAAUGCUCGUGCCUACAAGAUGAGUAAAAGUCGAGGGAAUGUCAUCAACCCUGAUGAUGUUGUUUCAGAAUAUGGUGCUGAUUCUCUUCGCUUGUACGAAAUGUUCAUGGGGCCAUUGAGAGAUUCAAAGACAUGGAGCACUGGGGGAAUCGAAGGUGUGCACCGGUUCCUUGGAAGAACAUGGAGACUCAUAGUUGGUCCACAAUUACCUGAUGGAUCAUAUAAUGAUGGAACCACGACUACUGAAGAUGAACCAACCUUGGAUCAGCUUCGAGUUCUUCACAAAUGUAUUGCAAGGGUCGCGGAGGAAAUUCAGGAAACAAGAUUUAACACUGCAAUAUCUGCAAUGAUGAUGGAGUUUGUGAAUGCUGCAUACAAGUGGGAAACCCAGCCAAAAACUGUUAUUGAAUCCUUUGUUCUGCUGCUUUCACCCUUCGCACCACACUUGGCUGAGGAGCUUUGGUUUCGCCUCGGACAUCCACAAUCAUUGGCCUAUGAACAGUUUCCAGAGGCAAAAAGUGAGUACCUGGAGGAAUCAAAGCUUGUACUCCCUGUCCAAAUCAAUGGAAAGACCAGGGGUACAAUCCUUGUUGACAAAGCGUGCUCUGAGGAUGAUGUUUUCCAAAUUGCAGCCUCAGAUGAGAAACUCUCCAAAUAUUUUGAUGGAAAAGGCAUCAGGAAGAGAAUUUAUGUGCCUGGAAGGAUCUUGAAUGUUAUCUUAGAUCAACAAAAGGCAAGGACCUGA